ACAAUCGGCCAUUUCGUCGGUGCAGGCCAUCAGCUGUAGAGGGCAGUGGGGAUAUAUUUUUGUGUACUGGUUACCUGAAAGGCACAUCAAGAACAUCGCAACAUGAGUGAGCAGGCUAUUUCUUUCGCGAAGGAUUUCUUGGCUGGUGGUAUCUCCGCUGCCAUCUCCAAAACAGCCGUCGCCCCUAUCGAGAGAGUGAAGCUUCUCCUUCAGGUCCAGCAUGCCAGUAAGCAGAUCACCGCAGAUAAGCAGUACAAGGGUAUCAUCGACUGCGUUGUCCGUAUCCCCAAGGAGCAGGGAGUCCUUUCCUUCUGGAGAGGUAACCUUGCCAAUGUCAUCAGAUAUUUCCCCACCCAGGCCCUCAACUUCGCCUUCAAGGACAAGUACAAGAAGAUCUUCCUUGAUGGUGUUGACAAGCGCACCCAGUUCUGGAGGUACUUCGCCGGUAACCUGGCCUCUGGUGGUGCUGCCGGAGCCACCUCUCUGUGUUUCGUGUACCCCCUCGACUUCGCCCGUACCCGUCUGGCCGCCGAUGUGGGAAAGGCUGGAGCUGGGAGAGAGUUCAAUGGUCUGGGUGACUGCCUGGUGAAGAUCUUCAAAUCUGAUGGUUUGAGAGGCUUGUACCAGGGAUUCAAUGUGUCUGUGCAGGGCAUCAUCAUUUACAGGGCUGCAUACUUUGGCAUCUAUGACACAGCUAAGGGUAUGCUUCCAGACCCCAAGAACACCCACAUAUUGGUGAGCUGGAUGAUUGCACAGACUGUGACAGCUGUUGCUGGCCUGACUUCAUACCCCUUCGACACUGUCCGUAGACGUAUGAUGAUGCAGUCCGGACGCAAAGGAGCUGACAUCAUGUACAGCGGGACCAUUGACUGCUGGCGUAAGAUUGCACGUGAUGAAGGUGGUAAGGCUUUCUUCAAGGGAGCCUGGUCCAACGUGCUCAGAGGCAUGGGCGGAGCCUUCGUGCUGGUGUUGUACGAUGAGCUGAAGAAAGUCAUCUAAAUCAUCUUGUUGUCACAUCACUGUCCAAUUUGGCUAAAUGUAAUAACUUUCCAUUUCUAUGGACUCAAGCGUUCUGCCUUAUUUAUGGGAACAAACUAUAGUGUCUCACCACUAGCUGUGGGCGAUGGCUGUACGUUGUGCAUCUUUGAUUUUAAACGUUCCACACCCUCUUUACCAAUGUCAUUCCUGUAAGAAAUCUGAUACCUCCUCCUGUCAUUCACUAGGUUUGUAUGGUCCCAACUUGAAUAAAUUUAUUCUGGGGAACAAACUAAA